UGCUGUAAUAGUGCCAUUCAUUGCGACCCUCGGCAGAAUUUUCAAGGAACACGAUGGGUGGUGGCAAUGUUCACGUCGUGGAGACCGAGCUGGAGUGGAACCAGAAGCUGAAAGAGGCUGGGAGCAAGCCGGUUAUCGUGGACUUCACUGCCACAUGGUGCGGCCCCUGCAGAAUUAUCGCGCCUGUUUUUGAGCAACUCAGCACAAAGUAUCCAUCAGUCGUCUUCCUGAAGGUGGAUGUCGACAAGAACGAGGCUGUAGCUGCAGCAUGCGGAAUCAGCGCUAUGCCCACCUUCCAGGUGUUCAAGGACGGCAAGAAGAUCCAUGAGAUGGUUGGAGCUUCAGCGGACAACCUUGAACAGCUUGUUGAGCAGUUGUCAAAGAGCUAGACUGGCACGGAUUGCCCCAGCAACCGCCCAAGUUGGUGGUGUUGACAUCAGUAGGAGUAAAGUAGUUCAUUUCUAGAUGUACCUUCGCAACUGUUGAGCUGUCAUUGUUUUCUGGCUGCUGAUGCAUUAGGUUGUGCAUGGCCUUCCAUGUUUGCUGCACUUCAGGGCAUGCUCCCUGCAACCUUUGCUUACAAAGCCUCGAGUGUCUCUGCUCACAGGCAUCCGGAUCCAUCCAUUCUUUGAGUUGCACCGUCACUGCUUCGGUUGGGAGCAUCACAAAUUAUGAUGCUCUGGGUUGUAGGAAAUAAAACACUUUGUUAAGAGUAAGUGCCGGUGACGAUUGCAAUGUGCAGCUUUGGAAAGGAGCUCCCUCU